CAUGGCUGGCGGUUGUAGAUGUGAUUCCAUUUCGAAAUCGAAUUCCAUUUCCAGCCGUGAAAAAGGAAAAGAACAAAAUAAACAUGGUGUGUCUGUCUCUCCUCGCGCCGAUAAUUACAUGCAAGGGCAAAACCUAGAGGGACCCGGCAAGAAUGCCCCGCCCCGCCUAGGCACCGGAAAGAACCAACGAAGACCUGGGCCGCGGCGUCCUACUCUAGCAAGCGGCUGACCGCCAGUGCCGCUUGCAAAAUAUUAAAGCGGCGGGUUCGCGCUCGCCCUUGCCGGAUGGAUGUAGAAGUGGAGAAGGCCGCCUGCGAACAAAAGCAGAAGAGCUAAUGGCGCUUCAUUGAAGACAGAUCUUGUGGCGCCCUCUCAAGGACAUCGUCAAUCGACGAGGACGAGUUCUUGCGACGCCACUACUACUUGUGAGAACGAAGUGUAGUUGUUUUUAAAAACCAUAUCUACAAUCUUCGACAGCGAAGAGCCUGUGCCUGGCGGAUCCGGAACGAAACAUCAAUGUUUUCGCGGCGGCCUCAUGAAGAAGGACGUGCAACCUCUGCUUUUUUCCUGGCCGCUGUCAUUGUUGUCACGGCUGCUGGGGCAUUGCCGGGCGCGGAUGCGCUGAACAUUCGGAAGACCAACAUGAAUUCUGCUGGUGUAGUCCCGGCCGAAUAUGCAAGUGGGAGUGCAAAUCCAAAUAGCACUUUGGCGGGGAGUUGUACGUUAAGAUUUUUGCAGGAUUAUUUGUCAUGCUGGGCUCCUUAACGGAAGUAGAAAAAUUUCGGUUCUUCAUGAUGCCCGUUGCUAGUAGUCCUCUCUGGGACUUCCAUCUUCCAUCUUUGGCUUCUAUGUUCCGGGGCCACGGACUACAACUAUGUAUCCUUUACAAUAUCACAUGAGCUGCAAAGAAUUUUUACCACUUUCCUGACGCAGGCAGGUUUGGCUUUGCCAAGUUUGCAUUUGAUGACUUCGAACAUGAAGUUGAGGACAAAGAGCCCAAGCUCCUUUCCCGGUCGAAAAAAGAGAAGAGCACGAAGGCAGGAUCAACAUCCAAGGCGAAGGACGAACCCCUAAUAGUGAACGGAGAAAUUUCAGAGCCGGUCGCGGAAGUCUGCGCGUGUGUGAACGAGGGCGUCGACAAGUUCAGUGCGCCGGGACACGUUAUGAAAAUGCAAGUAUCGAUGACAGGGGUCGGUGAUGUGAUCAUUUAACUUGCAAAAAUUUAUCCUCUAUAGUUUUUUAGAGGCGUGUGCGUGUCGAUGUCCAUGUCGAAUAUGCACGGACACGCACGCGACCCUCGGUCGUCUAAAACAAGCACAACUUGCUACGCUAGAUAUGAAAAUUUUUGUUUUUGUUCGAAAGGUGGUAGUCUUGCUUUUUCUUAGGAAAAAAUACAACUAGUACUUCUACAUUUUUAAUAGCAUCAUUUGUUAGCACAUCCAAGCCAGCAGAUCGAGUAUCUGUCGCUCCUCGGGGGCUUCUUGCUUCAUGUUUACAGAAGAUUUUUGCAGCAGCUUCUUGCGAACCGCGUAUCAACAUCAAUUACAGCAUUGCACUCGUGAAGAUGUUCGCGUUCCAGACCACCUGUGGCCAUCAUUAUACUUGCAAAAAUGCAUACACAACGCGCUGAAUCAAGCCUGGCUGAACGAGACCGCGGAUGUAAACGGGACGUUCGAUGACACCCAAUACGGCAAGAAAUACUUUGGUACGUACGGGGGUUUGCCCAACUACGGAGAAUACUGCCUAGAAUGGGACAGUGAAUGUCCAGGAAAAGACGGCAGAACCGGGGACAAAACGGAGUGCGCGGUGACGGCUGCGACCGCCGCCACCGAGUGUGCGGCGGACACCUCCACCCUACCCGCCAAUUGCCUCCGCAUGUGGUGCUUCAUCCGGACGCACACGGCCCUGAACGGAUUCAUCGCCCGCGAUGCGGGUAGCGAAGCCCCACAGUGCACGAACGUGGACGACUAUCGAAGGAAUAAAAAAUAACACCAUCACAAAAAUCUUUACACUUUUGCACCAGAAGUUCGUUUCGCAUGGCAAUUUUUUCUUGUAUUGCAAUAACAAAGUGAAUACUUGACAGAGAUGCGCUGAUAUUUGCGCAUGACAAAACUUGCAAAAAUGUGCAAACGUGAUUCUGAUUGCGAUGGUGUUUUUUCCUUGAAUAACGACGUCGCGAAGAUCACCGAGAACGGUAAGGACCUGUACUACUCGUACAAUCUUUGCUACGCAACCACCACAACCACCACCCCAGAUCCCUUCGGGUUCUUCCUCCUCUAGCCACUUCGGCUUCAUCAUCGGCAGUUGGCUGUCGUGACGCGGCUCCAACCUUUCAUUCAUGAUGAAGUAAGAGCAGGACGUCGAGUGCUGAGAUUGUAAAUAAACAGUGCUGCAGGUCCAGCUUCUAAGUACCUGAAUAAUAGAAGUACCUUACCUCGUAAAAUAAAUUUUAUUUGAGGACGAUUUGCUAAGUGUUACGUAUACGUUGGAAGAGUUUCAUCUUUUUCAGAUGAGAGAGAAGUAGAAGGAAACAGCACUUAUUUCCUUGCCAAGCAAGUAGACCCCGACUAGGCUGUAAUGCAGGAGUAGAAGCCGUUUCCGUUACCGUUUUUCGUGCAUCCUAUCAAGCAUCAAAAUGUAGUUUCAACAAACUCUCAGUUGUUGUCACAUGUGAAAAGAUGAAAUGAACAACAAGAGUCUUCGACCAAACGUAAUGCUAGCUCAUGGUGUGGACGUGGACCACGUUUGUGUCUCUCUUCUAAGCAGCCGUUGGACAAGUGGAAGAGCGUGGGCGGCGGCCGUAGACGACUGAAGAAGGUCCACCAUGACUUUCGAGUAUACAACAAUACGCGGUCGUCGGCCCCGUGGGCCUGGUGCAGCGGCCGCGUCUACUUGAGUUCCUGC